GCGGAAACUCUCCAAAGAAUCUUGAGCCGCUCCUGCUUCCCAGCUCUGCACCGAGUAGAAAGAGAGACAGAAACCGUCCAAAAAAACAGUCCCAGGCGGGAAGAAGUAGCCUAGAGAGAAGAGACGACUUGGAAGAAAGUGCAAAGGAGGCGACCGAGAGCCGACCGACUCGCAGCGUCCCGUCACCUCGGCACCAUGGUCCGCCUGCCGGGAUCCAGCUUGGCGCUCCUGUGCGCUCUGCUGCACGCGGUGGCCCCCUGGGGCGCGCACCGACCGGACAGACCGAAGCAGUGCGACGCACCGCAGUCGCAAAGCGACAUGAACUCUUUCCUGUGGAGAGUAAACCGUGCGCCUCCUCACCCACCUUCUUACUUAUUCGGCACCAUCCACGUGCCCUACACGCGGGUCUGGGACUUCAUCGCCGACAGGUCCAAGCAGGCUUUCCACAGCAGCCGCAACGUGUUCUUUGAGCUGGACCUGACCGACCCGCUGACCAUCUCCAAGCUGACCAGCUGCCAGCUGCUGCCCCACGGGGAGAACCUGCAGACGCUGCUGCCUCGAGACCUGUACCGCCGCCUCAAACGCCACCUGGACUACGUCAAGCACAGGAUGCCCCACUGGAUGACCGCCGACCAGCGCGGCCGCGGCCUGUACGCAGACUACCUGUUCAACGCCAUCGCGGGGAACUGGGAGCGGAAAAGGCCCGUUUGGGUGAUGCUGAUGGUGAACUCGUUGACGGAGUGGGACGUUCGGUCCAGGGGGACGCCCGUGCUGGACCUGUUCUUGGCUCAGGAGGCCGAGAGGAUGGGAAAGGUGACGGGGGCGGUGGAGCGGGUGGAGGAGCAGUGUCACCCCCUCAACGGGCUGAACUUCUCUCAGGUGCUGUUUGCGUUGAACCAGACGCUGCUGCAGCACGAGGGGGUGCGAGCAGGCAGCCUGCAGGGCUCCUACACCACCGAGGACCUCAUCACCCACUACAACUGCGGGGACCUCAGCGCCAUCAUCUUCAACCAUGACACCUCACAGCUGCCCCACUUCAUCAACAGCUCUCUGCCCGCCCACGACCGCACGAUGGCCCUGCAGAUCGACAGCUACUUCCGCCGGGAGCUCAUCUACAAGCGCAACGAGCGGAUGGCUCGCCGCGUGUCCGACCUGCUGCAGAGGAAUCCCAACCAGACGUACUUUUUCGCCUUUGGUGCAGGUCACUUCCUGGGGAACCACAGCGUGCUGGACAUCCUGAGGAAGGACGGCUACGAGAUCGUCCACGUGCCCCCCGAUGCCAGAGAGCCGGUCGCAGAGGGCGAAGCGGUGCAAGAGCCUCCGGCGCGGUCCGGCGAGGAGGGCGCCGGCACGUCGCCCCCCGACGGCUGGCCGGCCGCUCCGUCGGAGGCGGGGCUCGAGGCGGACUACGCGGAGGGCGAGCGCGGCCUCGGAGACGACGAGCCGCCUCACAUCCUCCUCCCCGACAGCCUGAGCCAGCUGGAGGAGUUUGGGCGACACAAGAGGCCUCGCAAGGCCCACCGCGGCCACGGGAGGCCCCGCCUCUUCAGCGACCUGUGGGUCCGCAUCGGCGACAGCACUACUCCACCACCUCAUGUGAGGAUAAUCAACGGCUACGUGACGGCGGAGCCGCCGAGGACCCAUCAAGAGCAGCACAGACGGACGGAGGUCUCCGCCACGGGGCCGCAGCACGGCCCGACUUCCCCCCCGCCCCCGGUGGACGAUGCCGGCGCCGCCCGCCGCCCGCUCACGCCGUCCUGCAUGGUGGCCUGGCUGCUAAUACACGGGCUGCUCGCCUCCUGACCGCAGAGCCGGGCGCCGCCUCAGAGACAAAACGCCGCAGAUAGAACCGCCUCCAGAGGACGACCUCCGUUGAUGGGGAGGGGGUGGAGGGGGGGGGGGGAUCAGCUACGCCCUCCUCCCCCUCCCCGCAGAGGCCUCCGCCUGCUUUUCAAGUGUCAAACUGAGCGGGACGAGCUCUGAGCCUGUGUUCUAUUACGGUAGAAUAAAAACUGUCAUACUUGUGUAGAAAAGUAGGACGAUAACUAUGAGAGUAGGACCUACUAAUAAGUUGUAGCUCUGUGAUGAACGAGGUCAAUACGGUCGGACAGUACUGCGGUGGAGCACUUUGUGCCACUGGUCUUUCUUUUGUAAAUUGUUCAUUUUGUUCAUAAAAAAUAAGAAUAUUGUAUAUUUAUUAUUUCUGGAAGAAAACAGUAUAUUUUCUGGCUUUUUGAAGACAAAUAAGGAAAUAAAUAAACUUUGAAAUCA